AUGGGCAAAUCUCGCAGAAAUAGAGGCCACGCUGCCCGCAAAGACCCCAUCUCUAAAACUGUCAAACCUCCUUCGGACCCUGAACUUGCAGCCCUGCGAGAGUCAAAGAUUCUUCCCGUCAUCAACGACCUCAAGAGCGCCGACCCCAAGUCUCGCUCUGCCGCUGCCGCUGCAGUCUCAAACAUUAUCCAGGAUGAGAGAUGUCGCAAGUUGCUCCUGCGUGAGCAGAUUGUGCAUACUAUCACCACGCAGACUCUUACCGAUGCUGCGCUUGAGAGCCGUGCUGCUGGUUGGGGUAUCUUGAGGGUUCUUGCCCAGGAGGAGGAGCCUGACUUCUGUGUUCAUCUUUACCGUGUUGAUAUUCUUACUGCGAUUGAGUUCGCUGUCAAGUCGGUCACUGAGAUUCUAUUGUCCAAGGAUCUGGAGUUCUCAAAACGUUCAAAGCCCGAGCAGGAAACUAUUCUCAGCAUCGCUUCAUCACUCAUCUCCCUCCUCACAGCUCUCGCCGAGGCUCAAGAUGAGAUCCUUGAAGCCAUUUCCCGCAACGCCACCAUCAUCCGCCUUCUCUUCCUGCUCACUUCAGACGAGCUUGCCAGCAACCCUGAGAUCGUCUCACUAAGAAGCGACGCUCUUGCUUGCCUCAUGAUUCUCUGCGAGGAUAACGAACAGCUCUCUGACCUUGUUGUCAACACUAAGCAGCAUCGCACUUACGGUACCCUGCUGUCUCUGCGCAAGACGGCCAACAGUGACGGUGUUCUCGCUUGUGGUGUUCUUCACAACCUCUUUUCCUCACUCGAGGACCAGGACAUUGCUCUUGGAGCCGACAACUCGCUCCUCAUUCCAACUCUUUCACAGGCUCUCAAGGCUUACGAGCCUGGUCAAAUGUCUGACGGAGUCGGCUGGGCCAACCCCUUCGAGUACCAGCAGCUCGCCCUUGAAAUUCUCGCCUCCAUUGGAACAACACUAAACACAGCUGAGGCUAAGCCACAGACAGAAGAGAAGUCUGAGGCCAAGGACGACGAAGAUAUGGCCGAUGCCGAUGCUGAUGCCGAUGAGGAUGUUUCUGACGGCGAGGAAGAGGGAGGUGAAGAGGAGGAGGAAAUGGAUGACGAUGAGCUCGAGGCUGAUAUGGAGUUGGUUACCGGUGCUGACAGAAAUGAGGAGGACAGCAACAUCGACGAUCUCCCCAUUCUCAAGACCCUUAUCGACAACGCCCUCCCCGAACUCAUCCGCAUAGCUUCUCUUUCACCCACUGACGAUACGUCCCUUCGUAUGCAAGGCCACGCCCUCGCCGCCCUCAACAACAUCGCCUGGUCUGUCUCCCUGAUCGACUUCGCCGACGCCCACAACGCCCCUAUCCAGAACGCCUGGGAUCCUGUUGGUCGCGCUCUCUGGACUCAGGUCAUCGCCCCUAUUCUGGCGACCGACACUGCUGAUAUUGAGCUUGCAACUCACAUCACCAGCCUUGCCUGGGGUGUUGCCCGCUCUCUUCGAGGUCGACCCAACACGCCUUUCGCGGCCGAGCACCGUCGCUUCAUCGCUUUGUACCAAGCCACAAAGGGCUCACCUGCUGUUCAGGAUAUGGAGGACCCCUUCCAGUCCCUCAGCGUCAAGUGUAUUGGUGUCCUUGGACAACUCGCUCUUGAACCCGCACCCGCUGACCGAAACCGUGAUAUCGGUAUUUUCCUGAUCACUAUCCUUGCUGGUCUGCCUGAGACAUCUACUGCUGAUGCAGUUGAGGCCCUCAACCAGAUCUUUGAUAUUUACGGUGAUGAGAGCUACUCUUACGAGAAGGAAGUCUUCUGGAAGAACGACUUCUUGAAGCAUCUGGAUGAGGCUCUUCCCAAGGUCCGCGCCAUGGUCAAGGCCAUCGACAAGCGUGCCAGCAGUGAGCUGCGUCUGCGUGCUGAUGAGGCCGUGUUGAACCUGAAUCGUUUCUUGACAUACAAGCGAAAGAACAAGCCAGAGGCGUAA